AUGGUAACGCAACGGUGGAACUUCCGGUAUCCGGAAUUGGUAAUCAGAUUGACUAGUAUUGAAAUACUGGYCCGCAGCAGCAGACGUUGUAGUCGAUGUGACUGUUGCAGUCAAACCGAUGCGAAUGUUGAAGCCGAUUCAUCUGCUACAGUCGAUACGACUGUUGAAGUUGAUGUAGUUGUUGAAGUCGAAACGUCGGCUGCAGUCGAUGCGAUUGUUGAAAUCAAUGUGACUGUUGAAGUCGAUGCGAUUGUUGCAGUUGUACCAUCACCUGAAAUGUGGCAACGUUGCAUAAAAGUUAUCAGGCAUUUUUCGAAAGCGAAUGUUUUGAGAAACAUUUAUAGAAAAGAAGAUUUACUCGAAGAGUAUGAUGAAUAUAAAUAUUCAAAUAAUAAGUAUUUUAACAAAAUAUCAAAUAAUUUUCAAAUCCUAAGAGUACAAAAAAUUAACAAUUCACAAAUAUAUGGGAUGUACAUAUUGCACAAAGAAGAGAUGGAACUUGCCAAUAGCAGUGGUACAGUUGAGGAGAAAACUUUGUUCCAUUGCACUUCCAUAAGCAAUGCAAAAAGUAUUGCAAAAAACAAUAUUGACUGGCGAUUGACGAAUAGAACUAGAUUUGGAAAAGGUGCGUGUUUUUCACCGUGUCCAUAUUAUGCCAAUUCAUAUGCUGGCAGUAAAGGAGCCUUCCUAAUUGUCAAAGUUCUGGUGAAAAAUAUCGAAACCACAGACAUUGCUUACGACCUAGUAAUACCUAAGACAAACGAUUGUGACACUACACUAGGGAACGAUGGAAGCGUUUAUGUUAAAUAUGACGAUAAUACAUUCUACCCGAAAUAUAUUGUUCKUUAUUCCUAA